AUGGGAAUUAAAGGACUCUCACAACUGAUCGCAGAUAUCGCCCCGUUUGCAGUGAAGGAGGGAGAAAUCAAGCAAUUUUUUGGACGAAAAGUGGCUAUCGAUGCGUCUAUGUGUCUGUACCAAUUUCUGAUAGCUGUGCGUGCGGAAGGUGCCCAACUAACUUCGGUGGACGGCGAAACGACUUCUCAUCUUAUGGGCACGUUCUACCGUACCAUUCGGUUGCUGGAGAACGGCAUCAAGCCGGUGUAUGUGUUCGACGGAAAGCCUCCGGAUCUAAAGUCUGGUGAGCUAAACAAGCGUGCCGAACGACGCGAAGAAGCGCAGAAAGCUUUGGAUAAAGCAACCGAAGCUGGCGCGGUUGAAGACAUUGAAAAAUUUAACCGACGACUCGUGAAGGUUACUAAACAGCACUCAAAUGAAGCGAAAGAGCUGCUGCGUCUGAUGGGCGUUCCGUACGUGGAAGCACCAUGUGAAGCGGAAGCGCAAUGCGCCUCAUUGGUUCGCGCUGGGAAGGUGUAUGCAACAGCCACCGAAGAUAUGGAUGCGCUUACGUUCGGUUCAUCUAUCCUGCUGCGGCAUCUGACGUUCAGCGAAGCGCGCAAGAUGCCCGUCCAGGAGUUCAACUACGAAAAGGUACUGAAAGGUUUCGAGCUGUCGCAGGACGAAUUUAUCGAUCUGUGCAUUCUGCUCGGUUGCGACUACUGCGACACUAUACGGGGUAUCGGGCCGAAAAAGGCCAUUGAGCUGAUCAACAAGCACCGGUCGAUUGAAACGAUUCUCGAACAUCUCGACACUCAGAAGUACAUCGUGCCGGAAGACUGGAACUAUCAACAGGCCCGUCGGCUGUUUAAGGAACCAGAAGUUCAGGAUGCGGAAACAGUUGAGCUGAAGUGGUCUGAACCGGACGAGGAAGGUUUGGUUAAAUUCUUGUGCGGUGAUCGUCAGUUUAACGAGGAUCGCAUACGCACUGGAGCGAAAAAGAUAUUGAAAACGAAAAACACCGCUACACAAGGCAGGUUAGAUUCGUUCUUCAAAGUAUUACCGUCGGUCGGUACCCCCAAACGGAAAGUGGAUGAGAAAAAACCACUCGUCGGUUCAGCAGCGAAGAAAGCCAAAACUGGCGCUGCUACUAGAGGAAGGAAACCAAAGUAA